CGCCGGUGCGACGACGACGACGACGACAUUUUUUGACGCACGCGAAUCGAAAAUUACGCGAGUUGACGCGUCUUUUUCUUUUGACUUUUUCGGGGUUUUUCAUGAAUGAUAAUGCAUCGGAAUUUUAACGAUUAUGUGACAUUGGAUUAAAUAAAUAACAAAAAAAAAACGUCAUAUCAAAAGAAUUUAUUUGUAUUUGUUGCUUGAGAUUUUUGUUGCAUUUUUGUGGUCGGUUAACUAUAGUGCGACAUGGAAAUUUCAUAAAAGUGUCAGUGGUUUAAGUGUGUUGAAUUAUUUUGAAUUGGGAUUAAGUGAUCAGUCAGAAUUUUACGGCGUUAUGGCGGGGAAGUCGGCGGUUUUGAUUUUUGCAUUUUUAAUUCAAGGUGUCAUCUCUUUGCAACUGGAGAAACUAUUGAUACCGAGCCAUGCAAUAAGGAACACGAGCGUCAUAAUGGAGUGUCAUUAUAAACUAGAGGGUGAAACUUUAUAUUCUGUAAAGUGGUAUAAGGAUGGAUACGAGUUUUAUCGGUUUGUACCAAGAAAUCAACCUCCUGCACAAGUGUUUCCUUUACCUGGAGUGUCUGUAGAUUUACACAACUCGACCGAGUAUUCGGUGGUCCUGUCGUCCGUUCAGCUGUCGACGAGCGGACUUUAUCGAUGCGAGGUCUCGGGGGAGGCUCCUUAUUUCGAUACUGUCACCGAUCACGCUUAUAUGACCGUCGUUGCCCUUCCGAAAUCCGGUCCAGAAAUCACCGGGGGUCAACUCAGGUACCACGUCGGCGACUUCGUGAACGUAAAUUGCACCACCAGGGAGUCCAAACCGGCUGCUCAGCUCAGCUGGAUGAUCAAUGGCGAACCGGCCGAUCCCCGUUACAUCAAAGGACCCUAUAAACAAUACGUAGGAAGAGAAGGACUUGAAUCAACUAGCUUAGUUCUUCAGUUCACAGCGAAAGCGAAACACUUCAAACGUGGCAAUAUGAAGUUGAAGUGCUUGGCCACUAUCGCCACAGUCUACACGACGAAUAACGAGAAAAGUUUUGAGGGUGAAAGGGCUCAGAAGGGAAUAGUUUUGGAAAGUAGAGGAACGGUGGCUCCUUCUGGGUCUAGAGCUGAUAGAGUCCAUACGUCAGGUUCGAUGGUCGAGGCAUCGGCAGUAUCAACGUCAAUAUCGAAGAUCAUCGUCAUCUCGUGGCUGUACCUGAAAAUCUUCGUUUAAAUCCCCGAUGAAUUAAUUCAUGAAUAAAAGCCAAAGACUUUUACGUGUAACUAUUUGCUGUAUAUUAAGAAUAGUUAGCUUAUAAAUUAACUUGAAACUAUUUAUUAUUAAGUGUACAUUCCUCGCUCAUUUGUUUAUAAGCGGUUAUUAUUAGUUUCGAUCUUAUUCUACACCACACACAAUGGGGUUAGUUACUCCAGUUGCUCCAGGUCCAACCCCCCCUUAUAAUAUAUUGAAAUAAGAUUCCCAGGCGCCAGGUAAUUUCUGUUUAUCUACAAACUAAAACGACUGCGAAGUUGGUUGGGGUGUAACUGGGAUGGGAAUAUACUCGAACCCUGGUGGACUAUAGAAUAUUUAAUUUAUCGGUGCAGCAGUUUCCGAACAGCGGUGAAUCAUGACCGAUCGGGGGUAAAUUCAACUUCGGGAUUAAUUGUUAUUAAUAGAGAAAUGCUUAAUUAAUUCUUCCGUUCGAUUAUUAUCUUUAUAGCCCUCGGGUGUGUUUAUAUAAAUGCUACGAUGAUUAUUAAAGUUUUCAUUAUAUAUAAUAAUUCAAUAAAACCUUUUCAAUGCAUAACUUUAAUGCAUGUGACCGAUGUUUAUUUAUCAUGUAUGAACAAGGAGGAAAUUGUUCCUUAAGGCAUGUAAUGCAAACGACUUUUUAUUAUGUCAGAAAGUCACUCACUGGAAAUUGGGAUAAAUUACUUCUAAUUCCUGGAUCUCUGGAACGAAAUUUAAAAAGCCUGGAACGACAAUGAAGAAACAUAAAAUGUUCCUAAAAAGUUGCAUGGAAUAGUAGAUAUUUAUUGGGCAACGUUUUGUCAUUUUAUUGAGCCUGCUUCAGGUUAAGAAAGAAAGUAAGAUGCUACAGGUGUAAAGGCGGAAUAAUAGCCUUAAAUGCCUGGAAUAAAUCACUUGUUUUAUUGUUUGAAUAAUGCCCAAUUGUGUUUAAUUUUUUGGAAUACACUUAAAGGCUGGAAUAAAAUAAGAAUCUAUUAUCGGCUUAUCUAAACAAUUUAUUUGUUAAUUUUUUUAAAUAUUGACUGCAUUAGUGACUUUAAGUUAAAUUUUUCUAAUGAUUUUUAAUUCGGGGAUUUUUUUUUUUUCAGUAUUACCAGUUAUGGGACUAGUAUUUAAUUUUACAAAGAAUUAUUUAAUUCGGUUUAUAAAUUAUUGCCUGGGGACUAUAAAUACUCAAACAAAAAAAGGCGUGUUCCGCCUAGGCACUUGACAUACUUUCUGCCUAAAAUCUAAAUUAAAAAAAUUAAAUGAAGUUAAUUACUGGCACUUAAAUUCUCGGUUUAAUCGUCUUUCCGCCUAGAAUUUUAUUA